AUGAAGAUAAUUUGUGCAGGCAUGCCAAAAACUGGUACUAAAUCCAUCUCCGAAGCUUUGCGAUACCUUGGAUUCACGGUCUUUGAUUGGGAAGAGCAGACGUUGGAUUUUUUGGACCACUGGGUUGAUGUUUAUCAAAAUGGUGCCCCGCCAGAUGUUCAGAGAGUCUUCCAAAAUGCUGAUGCAGUCGUUGACUUUCCUGGAAACUUCUUCUGGGAGGAAAUACUGGAAGCUUUUCCUGACAGUAAAGUAAUUUUAAGCGAGCGAGAAGAGGUUUCUUGGGUGAAAAGUUUAGAAAACCAUCUUGAACUGCGUGAAGUGGAGAGAUCCAGUAAUUUCUUCCGCGUCAAGUUAUCGCCAACCGCAAGAAAGAUGGAUCUCGUUCUAUAUCCUCAUAUUAACGCUAUUCUUGGCUCUACAAACAGUAAGUCAGCUUGUAUUUCGCGUAAGCGAUAUCGCAUGCACAAUCAUCGUGUUAAGUCGCUUGUUCCACCAGAGAAGCUGUUGUUGUACAACGUAAAGCAAGGUUGGAAACCGCUAUGUGAUUUUUUGGACUGCAGGGUUCCAAUAGUUGCCUUUCCCCAUGAAAAUGUCAAAGGCGACAUGGUUAAAUUUUUUUUAUCCAAGACAAGAUACGGACGACAGGUGAAGUGGGAAAUGCAGAGAGCAACAUCUAUAAUCCUAUCUAUCAUAGCAGUAAUUCUGGCCGUAUUUUUUGCCAUUAUAUUUUUUUAG